AUGACUUCUCCCUUGAUCCCAAAAAAUGUAUUCAUCCGGUCGCUACGCGAAUCUAGUUAUUCAUUACCAGUCCGGCCUGAGUUUCUCGUUUCGCCAUCUGCCAAGUUGGUCAAUCCUCGUGGCCAUGUCGUGAACACCGAUUCUGUCACCCAGACCUUUUCAGCGUCAGUGGUUACAGGACUGAGCGAUGAAAGAGUGCUUUCGCUCUUUACUACCGGCUUCUUUGGCGGGUUUGUCUUUGGCUUUGAGCGCUUCAUCUUGCGUAUUGGGGGCUACAAGCUUCUCCCAGCCAGAUACACAGCUUUUGAAAUCCCACCGGACGCAGUAACGAUCUGGGACAAGGCCAACGUGCCCAAUACCCAUCUGCUUCCUGUCGGCAGCUGCUUUUUCGGCUCGUUCCGCUUGCUAACCAAGCGCAUCGCCGCUGUUCCCUCUGUAGAAGAGCCCAGCUACGUCGACUACGGCUUUGGCUCGGACGAGUUCAUCUUUAGCGGCUGCCACCGUUUCCAGAUCACCCGUUUGCCCGUCACAGAACAGGAAGGACCUCAGAUCCAGAUAGAGCUGCAACAUCUCCGCUGCAAUCCACAGAAGAACCAACCAUCCUUGGCUGAGUAUAUUGAGCGCUUCCACUACGUCUAUGCCAAGAUGUUAUUUGCCAAUGGAAUCCAGGCACUAUUAUCAAUGCCUCCUCGUUCAUUCGUCAUUCCCGAAGCUCUCGACGCCGAUACUCCUCCCCAAGCACCUUCAGUCGCAUCCUCUUCGCGUCUCUCCUCUUCCAGGACAUCAUCGAAGGCCUCCGAGAUCUCGCGCAACUCCUCCCCUACAAAACAGCUCCGUAAUGCAGAGCUGCAGCAGACAGGAUUUGCUAGGGCAUCCUUCGAAGACGGCGAGCAGCCGGCGCCGUUGGAGCGUUUGACUCAACGAUUAAGGGAUAUCGAGGAAGGCGACGGCAUCUUACCAAGAGACCUUCAAAGUGAUGUAUGUGUGAGGAAGCCAUCCAGGUUAUUUGUACUAAUCAUCGCCCAGAUCGCUGGCGAACGUGUACGGCCGUGGAUGUUUGGGGGCAAACCCCAGUUUGGAGCCUCCGACCUACCUGGUGUGCAGACUGUCCGCAAGAUACACCGUCUAGCCCGAAGAUGCUUCAAGGAGAACCUCGCCGAGUCGUCCUGGAGCAAUGACGUGCACUCGCAAAUACUGGAGUGGAUGAUGCGGGAUAGUCCCAACAGCGACAAUGAGCUGUUGGACUACAGAUGUUGCCUGACUGCUGGGGUCAUUAAGGCUUACCGACCGGAACACGCACCGAGCAAGAUGGUUGACUUCUGCAUCUGCGUUCAGCCAGGGACGGACUCGCCGCACCACGAAGCCAUCCAAUCCUGA